ACUAAACGCCUCUUAUAUCAUUCACACUGGAGCUCAAACUUCAACAACUCAGGUGAGCAGCUAACAUCAUCAUUUUCCACGGUAAACAUCACUGUAAAAAGAAAAACUUCAUUUUACAGAAUUUUUCUGUUGUUAUUUAUUCUUUUUUUUACAGAUUUUCCAAGUAAAAUGUAAAAAAAAUACUGAAUUAUACAAUUUUUUUAUGUAUUUUUGAAAUGCAGUCAAAUAACGUAAAAUUACAGAAAAAGACCGCAAAUUUACAGGAAAACUGGGCAAAUGUAAUUUUACAGGUGAAAACCGUUAUUUUACAGUUUAUUUCUGGUGCCCCAGCUCCCAGAAAAUAUCUGUUUUUUAACAAGAUUUGUUUUUUUACAGUUACAGUAUAUCCUGUAAUUUUACAGGAAAAAACAUAUUUUACAGUACAUUUCUGUUUCUCCAGCUUACAGAAAAUGUCAAUUUUUUACAGAAUUUUUUUCAAGUGAUGACUACAAACUGUAACAAAUAACGCAUGAUCUGUAUGUUUGUUGCUAUGUUUCAUUUGUUUGUGAUGACUGUCAAAACUCAUGUCAGUUUGUAGUGUUGUGAUGGAAACUAUGAUUAGUGUUGUUAAUUUUUCUAUGAAGUCAACUUGUGUUUUUGAUUUAAAUUUUAUUAAAUGUACUGAAUUGUCUGUAACAGUUUACGUGUGGCGUGUGGAUGUAAUUGGACAGAGCUGGAUCUCAGUGUCUGAUGUGUUUAGUGCUUCACACAUGCAGAAUUGAGUUUGUGUUUCACUUCUGGGGAUUUACAGAUAAUCCACUAGAAAGGUUUUAACCCUCCUGACCCGCUCGAACAACAACAAGGGCAGAAGAAAGUGUGUCCUGACCGCUCACCUGACCGACACAAGCCAAAAGCAGCCCUUUAAAAACUACAGACAUGAGUCACUGUACUAUUCUUGUAUAAAUCUUAAAGCAUCAUUUAUAGUGUAAAGAAUGUGCUUAUCAUUUUUCCAGCAAAGAUGGCUGCUAGAUGGCAAUUAUUUCUUACUGUCAUGCUAAAAGCAAUACAGAAGAUCUGUCUUUGUUUGGUGUUAGAUGGUUUGUCAGAGGAUGUGGUUCGGGGUGCUGAGACAUCAUGUGUGUCUUGUUUGGAAUUAGUUUCCGCUUUGAAUCGUGUCCUGUCAGGCAUGUGCAUUAUUUGGCGUCUGUUGUGUCGGUUUAGUUACGCGUCAAUAUGAAUCAUGAGUGUUUGUCAUAUAUGUGAAUCAUAUGGGUGUGCUAAAAGUAUGCAUGUGUUUGAAUGAGUAAUGUUAAAAAAAGCUUUCUCAAUGGAUCCAUGAGAACAGAGUGGAUGUUUUUUUAAGAUUAUAUAUAAAAUUUAAAACUGUCUUACUCUUCUUCUAAAUACAUUUCAUGAUGUUUCUCAACUCAAUUCAAGUCUAUUUUUAUUGGUCACAAAGACUCUAUUCCCACAAGUUGAGAUCAAUGAAAGUAGAAAUAAAAUAUGAGGAAAAUUAAGAUUUAAAGAAUUAUAAAAUGUAAAAAGAUUACAAAAUAAUUGAACCGUAACUAAUAAUCUGUCAAGCAUCAUAAAAUGUAAGAUUUUGAAAUCCUCUUAUCCUCUACAGCUUCAAGCAUUACAACAAUUAUUUUAUACACACAAUUACUGUUUGCUAUUGUACAGAAUAUAAAUAAUAAUUCAUACAUGUUUCUUUAGAGGUACGUGACAAUGAAGUUUUGUUUAGGACCUACAUGACCAUAUUUUUUCAGUAUACAGUAUUAGAUAUAAAACAAAUGGGGUUGAAUAAAAACAAACAAUAACAAGUCAAAAUGUCAAACAUAAUGUAUUCGUGUGGCUGCUUGCUGGUUUAUUGACAUUAUUAAUACAUUUCCAUAAGCCAACUUUAAUAUUGCCAUCAGUCGGGUGAAAAUUUGACUAACAAAUACUCGUGAGUAGAAAUUUGGUUUCUGAAAAUGUUCCCACCAUUCUGAAGCUAAAGCAAAACGUCAUACUGAUAGAACACAUCACCAGAAAUAACAGGUAUGAAUAUCAGAUCUAUAUUUAUAUACAUUUACAUGUAUGCAUGUGGUCUGUGUUGCGUAUGUAAUCCUGUGGUUUCUCUGCAUAAACAUGAGGCUGGGAAAUACUGUCACUGGUUUUUUUUUUAUCCCUUUUAGGGGUUUUUUUGUCCGUACAUAUUGUAUAUGUGUUCAUGUGUGUCUCAGGUGAGCAGAAUGAACUAUGUGGGUCAGUUGGCCGGGCAGGUGUUGGUGACGGUGAAGGAACUGUAUAAAGGUUUAAAUCAGGCCACUCUCUCGGGCUGUAUUGAUGUGGUGGUGAUACGGCAGCCUGACGGGACGUACCUGUGCUCACCUUUCCACAUCCGCUUUGGCAAACUGAGGGUCCUGCGCUCUAGAGAGAAAGUGGUGGAUAUAGAAGUGAAUGGAUCACCAGUAGAUCUUCAUAUGAAGCUGGGAGAUAAUGGAGAAGCAUUCUUUGUACAAGAGACCCAGCAGGACAGUGAGACAAUUCCUGCCCAUUUGGUUACAUCACCCAUACCAUCAGACUGUGAUGCGGUGUUCUGGGGACAAGAGUCAGCGGUGAUAGGUUCAUGUGUAGAGGGCGGGGUCAUGGAGGAUGACAGCACUGUGAUGAGAAAGAAAAAAAGGAGAAGAAGAAAACCUAAAACGACUGAACAGAGGAAAGACGAGCAGAGCCCUCCUGGAGCAAACCAGGUGUCGGGCAGUGAAGUGAGACAAUCUCUCAGAUGGUUCGACAGCUAUCCUCUCUCUGACUGGCCAACAGACAGUGUUCAGGAGGCCAGUUCUGCUAAGAGUGAUUCAGAACUGAUGAAGAAAUCCUCCGACAGAUCUAAUCAAGACUCACAUAUGCAGUGGACGUGGGGAGAACUGCCAGAAUCUACAAAGGUCAUUCAGAGAGACCGAGCACGAUCCCUUCAGAACAGCAGCGCUACUCUAUCAGAGAACACACACUUCAGAGUCAUCCUUGAUGAUAUGAUGACACACGGUCUGCAGUCUGCUGAACGUGUCUGUCCGAUCCUCAGACCUCAACCCAGAACUCCUCAACCUCACACAAACAAACCUCAGUCAUCUUAUCCUCUCAAAGACCACACACAAAGACCUGAACACCACGCGGGACGUCCUGCAUCAGCAUCACAGCAUCAGACAGAGAAAACACAUCUGAACACAUCCAAACUACAAACACACCUGCUGGAGCAUCAUCCAAACAAACUGACUCCACAUACGUCCAAACUAGAACCUCAUAUUCCCAAAGCAUCAUCAGACCGUGUGUGUGGACAUCAACCGUCAGCUCAUCCGUUGGGAGACGUGAAGGAGAUCUCCCCUGAGUCUCAGAACGUCUCAGAAUCACCCUGCAUGAGAAAAGUUGUGAGGAAGAGAAGUCAUCAUCAGGGACCUGAAGACAUUUACCUGGAUGACCUCAAUGGGCUGGAACCACACAUAGCUGCUCGCUACUUUCCCAAUAGUGAUCUGUUUAGGGGACACUGGGAGGAAGACUGUGAACGUUCUUCAUCUCCACAGUCAGUAAGCAGCGCUACGGCCGUAGACAGUGGAACAGAGUGUUCAUCUGAACCGCCUUCUGAUCUGCUGUCUGUGUCUCUGUCUCUCUGUGGAGGUCUGGGAGACGAUGCCAACAUCAACAAAGAGAAAUUUCUGGAGCAUAUGGUCACACAUCAGGUGUUUGCAGACAAUCCAAACAUCAUUGACAAUCCAAACCUGGUGGUGAAAAUUGGCAACGGAUAUUAUAACUGGAUGCUGGCAGCACCUUUCAUUCUCAGCAUGCAAGCGUUUCAGAAGAAUCUGCCUAAGGCUACAGUGGAGGCUUGGGUUAAAGAAAAAAUGCCAAAAAAGACGAAGAGCUGGUGGUUCUGGAGGAAGAGUGAGCAGUCACAAUCCAAAAAACAAGAGACAACAAACACAGUCGGAGUCUCCCGCCAUGAAGACUACAGACCCUCACAACAGGUGACAGCAGACAGCUCGAGCGAGGAGGAAUCCAGAGAACUGAACCCCACAGCGUUAGAAAACCACCACACGCCCUCCUAUAAGAAAUCACUGCGACUCUCAUCAGAGCAAAUCGCCAGUCUCGGGCUCAAAGACGGACCCAAUGAUAUUGUGUUCAGCAUCACAACGCAGUAUCAGGGCACGUGUCGAUGUGAAGGAACCAUCUACUUGUGGGAUUGGAGUGACAAGAUCGUCAUAUCUGAUAUUGACGGCACGAUCACAAAGUCUGAUGUUUUAGGUCAGUUUCUUCCUCAGCUCGGUAAAGACUGGACCCAUCAGGGCAUCGCCAAACUUUACCACACCAUACAUGAAAAUGGCUAUAAGUUUCUCUACUGUUCUGCACGGGCGAUUGGCAUGGCGGGCAUGACCAGAGGUUAUUUACAUUGGGUUAAUGAUGAAGGCACCAUCUUACCAAGAGGACCUCUGAUGCUGUCACCCAGCAGUCUGUUCUCUGCUUUCCACAGGGAGGUGAUUGAGAAGAAGCCGGAGAUAUUUAAGAUUGAGUGCAUGACAGACAUUAAGCAUCUUUUCCCUCAGAAUUCACAGCCGUUCUAUGCGGCCUUCGGCAACCGCAGCAAUGAUGUGUUUGCCUAUAAACACACUGGUGUUCCUACGUGUCGCAUCUUCACAGUGAACACGAGAGGAGAAGUAAAUCAGGAGCAAUGCAAAACACUCAAGACAUCAUACAAGCGUCUGAGUGAACUGGUGGAUCACGUUUUCCCCCUGCUGGACAGAGAGCACAACUCAGCGUUCAUCCACCCAGAAUUCAGUUCGUUCUGCUUCUGGAGGGAACCCGUUUCUGAAGUCUGUCUCGACGAUUUGCUUUGACGACAUAUUUCUUCAGAGGCACGUGUCAGAUUGAGAAGUUGUCUUUUAGAUGGAGUUUCGUGAAUACAGAAUCGAAUUAUCGAAGCCGACAAAACAACAGUGAAAAGUGAUGCAUUAUGCAGAUUUAUCAAAGAAUCAAUAUGCUGUUGUUAAAAAAGCUUUAAUUUAUAACAGGAAGCUUAUUUGCACAUUUUUUUGUAGCACUUGUCAUAUCAAUUCAAAUGCCUUUGCUGGUGUAUAUACUGUUGCCGUACGUUUCUUUUCCGCACAAAAUAUAUAUUAAAUUGUAAAGACAGUAAUAAAUGAUAAAUGAAAUGCAUCGAUGAACAUGCCAUUUAGACUUCAAAAACACAUUUUGUCUCACUGGAAUGAGGGCAAAUACAUUCAUGUAGAUUAUAAAACGAAAAUAUGGAGAAUCAGCCAUACAUUCUGCAUACAGUAGUCCUGUUCGUGUACAAAUGACCGCACCAGUGAUUAAACAUUCAACAUGACCGUAUACAAAAACACAUAACACGUCUUUCACGAAUAACUGAAAUCUAGUAGUUAAUUUGUAAACAAAGUAUUGAGAGAGAACCCUAUGGAUGGGUUUAAGUUAUGAGUAAUACUUUACAAAAAGGUUAAACUUGUUGACAUUAGUAAAUGCUUUAGCUGACAUGAACCAACAAUACAGUUUUUAGCAUUUAUUCAUUAAAAAGUUAGAUUUUAAAAUGUAUUAGUAAAUGCUGAAUUUAACAUGAACUAAUAUUAAUAAAUGCUGUAAUAUUGUUCAUUCCCUGUUGAAAAAACCUGCAUGUUGGUUAAGUAUGUUUUGAUGCUCGUCCUUAGCUGGUUUAAGCUGGUCAAACCAGCAUCAAAACAUACCCAACCCAGCAUACGCUGUUUUUUUCAACAGGGUUGUUAGUUUAAGUUAGCCAAUGCAUUAACUAACGUUCACAAAAAUAACCUUAUUGUAAAGUGUUAUCUGAGAAAAAAGCAGACAACAGCAAGAGAGUUUGAAUUCGGUCAUCUGGCGGCAUAAAUUCUAGUACACGUUUGUGUAAUUUAAAUGACAGAAAAAACCCUAACUAGCUUGUGCUCAGAAGGAUUCGGGUCACGUUGGAGUUGUAAGGUUUUAUCUGACGUACGUUCUUGGCGAAAUUGAGUUAUUCACAUAUUCUUAUUCUGUGACAACUUAUUUACAUUUACAUUCUUUACGCUGUGCAUUUUGGGACUUUUUUAAAAAGCGAAAAUGUUCUAUCCACAAAGUCCAAUGCAAUGCAAAAACUUUGAAGCUCAACAACUCAAAACUGCUCAGAAUGCAGAUAGAAACAUGUAAUUCCAAAAUCUACGAAAUCAUGUCGUUUUUGUGUAGUUAUUCGGAUCACAGUCAAUUACUUUACUGACUUCUGCUUUCAAACAAACAUCAAGUGCCCCACCAGACAGACCUAUUUUUUUGCCAUUUAUGUUAAGCUAUAGUUUUUUUUUCAAUGGAUGCUCAUUUUGUUUAGCUUCUGUUCUGAAAGGAAAAUAUAGACCACUUCACAAGAUGUAAACACUGAUCAAGAAGCACUUCCGGUUUGGUUUUAUUAUUGUAGCCUAUUAUUGUAUUGUAUUAUACAUCAGUUUAAAAUUCUUACAUGGUUAUAAAUGUUCUGAUUGUUGUAUUUUGUUUAAAUGUUUGUGUAAACAGGAAGUUCUUCUGGACCAGCGUUUCUUACGUCUCCCGAAGUGGUCUAUACAAGGCCAUGAGACAAUUGGUGAAAAGGUUUCUCUUUGGCAUUUUUUUCAACAAUAAUGAAAAGUUUAAAUUGAAAAACAAACUAAACAUAAAAUGAUUAGUUUUAAAAUGAUAAGUGUUUUUAAUAUGUAUUGGUUCAUUCUUCUUUUACACUUGAGCUGACAUAAACCUCAUGACUCAUGCCAUAA